CGAGCGUUGUCGCCAUCUCACGACACCACUACCACCUAAAGUUGCCAUGUUGUUUGCUUGAAACGGCGCCUCGUUGGCUGUGGGACCGCAGCGUCCACACUUUCUGCUUCUUUGUCCUUUUUCUCUAUUGACAUCUGCGUACAGCGCUCUGCCCGCAGCACAUGGCACUCGCGGCGAUCUCUGUAUUGCCUUCACGAUAAGAACCUACGCAUACUCAUUCACGGAUGCGCGGAAGCAUUCGUAACCGGCUGCGAGCGACACCGUCACUGGCUCCCCUCUAGUAGCGAAGAAUUGUCUCCGUCGAUCGACGGACACCACCUCCGACAUGGCGCCAAACACCGCGGCAGCGCCCCCGACCAUGCAUAUGACGACCACGACAUUACGAGUGGAGGGAAUGACAUGCGGUGCUUGCACAUCGGCUGUUGAAUCUGGACUGAAAGAUGUGGACGGGGUUGGAAGUGUCUCCGUCAGCUUGGUGAUGGAGAGGGCUGUUGUCGCCCACGACGCAGACAAGAUCAGCGCCGAGCAGAUACGGGAACUCAUAGACGACAGAGGAUUUGAUGCUACAGUCAUCAGUAGCGAUCGCCCAGAAAGAGCACUGUUCGACGUGUCUGACGAAGACGAUUCGGUGGACGAAGAAACGGACCUGCUCGGCGGUGGCAUAUCUGCGACGACACUCCAUGUGGGAGGUAUGACCUGUGGAGCCUGUACAUCCGCGGUGGAAGGCGCAUUCAAGGAUGUACCAGGCAUCAAGAGCUUCAGCAUAUCGCUGCUGUCAGAACGCGCUGUGAUAGAACAUGAUGCAAGCAUUAUCAGCCCGGAAAAACUUGCAGAGACCAUUGAGGAUACCGGGUUCGAUGCAGAGAUUCUGGAGACGAAAUCGAGCGAAACGAUCUCUGUAAAACCACGAUCCAGGAGGAAGAGCACAAGCAAGCGAUAUACAACCACUACAAUAGCCAUUGAGGGCAUGACGUGCGGUGCUUGCACUUCUGCAGUUGAAAGUGGCGUGAAGGAUCUUCCUGGUCUUGUUCAGUUCAACAUCAGUCUGCUCGCGGAACGCGCAGUUAUUGUCCACGACUCCGCGGUGCUUCCGGUCGCUAAAAUCACUGAGACGAUCGAAGACAGAGGUUUCGAUGCCACAGUAGUGUCAAGCGUAGAUGAAGGCGUGCAGGCAUCGGCGUCCAAUUGCCUGGCACAGUUCAAAGUGUUCGGUCUGCCCAGUCCCGAAUCCGCGGCAGAGUUGCAGACGAAGCUGAAGAAUGUGCCUGGAAUCGUCUCGAUCAAUAUUAGCUUUGCAACUGGUCGGGCUUCGAUUUCACACAGCCCAUCCGUGAUUGGUCUACGAGCGAUCGUGGAACUAAUUGAACAAUCUGGAUACAAUGCACUGGUGGCUGACAACGACGAUAAUAACGCGCAACUGGAGUCACUGGCCAAGACGAAGGAGAUCCAAGAAUGGAAGCGCGCCUUUCGAGUGUCCUUGGGUUUUGCCAUCCCGGUAUUCGUCAUCAGUAUGCUCCUACCCAUGUUCAUCAAGCCUCUAGACGUGGGUAGUAUCAAGCUGCCGAUCAUCCCUGGCCUCUGGCUAGGUGAUGUUGCUUGCCUCGCAUUGACAAUACCCGUCCAAUUUGGAAUCGGAAAGCGGUUCUAUGUCUCGGCAUACAAGUCCAUAAAGCAUGGGUCACCUACGAUGGAUGUACUCGUUGUACUCGGCACUUCGGCAGCUUUCUUCUUCAGCUGCGCGGCCAUGUUGGUCUCGAUCCUCAUACCGCCUCACUCGAGGCCAUCAACAAUCUUCGAUACAAGCACGAUGCUGAUCACGUUCAUCACGCUGGGUCGUUUCUUGGAGAACCGUGCCAAAGGGCAAACUUCGAAGGCGCUGUCGAGACUCAUGAGUCUCUCACCUCCAAUGGCCACCAUCUACACAGAUCCCAUUGCAGCUGCAAAAGCCUCUGAAAAUUGGGACGCGGAGCAGGCAAUUGACGAAAAGAAGACCACGGACAACGAAGCUUCUGGAUCUGCUAUGGAGGAGAGGACUAUUCCCACUGAACUGAUCGAGGUAGGCGACAUCGUGAUUCUGAAGCCGGGAGACAAGAUCCCUGCCGAUGGUAUUGUUAUGCGCGGUGAGAGCUACGUCAAUGAGAGUAUGGUCACUGGUGAAGCUAUGCCCAUCAACAAGAAGCCUGGCUCGGCUCUCAUGGCCGGCACUGUCAACAACGCUGGCCGGUUGGAUUUCAAAGUCACACGAGCAGGCCGAGACACACAGCUCAGUCAAAUUGUUCGCCUCGUCCAGGAAGCACAAACGAGUCGUGCGCCAAUUCAACGCUUGGCAGAUAUCGUCGCCGGAUACUUCGUGCCCAUCAUUAUCACACUGGGUCUAGCGACAUUUGUUGGAUGGAUGAUACUCAGUCAUAUAUUACCACAUCCACCGUCAAUCUUCCUGAGCGAUGACAGCGGCGGACGGCUGAUGGUUUGCGUCAAGCUUUGCAUUGCAGUCAUCGUCUUCGCCUGUCCAUGUGCCCUUGGUUUGGCAACGCCCACUGCGGUCAUGGUUGGCACUGGUGUUGGUGCGGAGCAAGGCAUUUUGGUGAAGGGUGGAGCAGCGUUGGAGACUGCUACCAAGAUCAAUCACGUUGUCCUUGACAAGACAGGAACACUCACUAUGGGUAAGAUGAGUGUUUCGCAAUCCGAGCAGAUCGAAUCGUGGAAAACACAAACCGACCUCUGGUGGACACUUGUCGGUCUUGCCGAGACCAGCAGCGAGCACCCCAUCGCCAAGGCAAUACUCAAUGGCGCGAAGUCAAGGCUGGGUCUAGCGGCUGACGAGCAACUAGAAGGCCACAUGGGAGAUUUCAAAGCGACCGUGGGCAACGGCAUUUCCGCAUCAAUCGAACCGGGCUCCAAAUUCGGGCGGCGGCGAUACGCCAUCGUCAUUGGCAAUGCUUCAUUCUUGCGCAAGCAGGGUAUAGAAGUGCCAAAGGGUGCUGAGGAGGAAUACGACGAUUACGACCAAGUCCGACGUCGGUCGCUUUCUGCUCCAUCGUCUUCCAAAGCCUCUGAAUCAGCAGGCAUAACCACAAUACAUGUCGCCAUCGAUGCGGCUUAUGCUGGCUCUGUUGGAUUGUCGGAUAUACUCAAGCCAACCGCUAGAGCCGCCAUUGCUGCGCUUCACCGCAUGAACAUUGGAACAUCUCUAGUGACAGGCGAUCAGGCGGCCACAGCCAUUCAUGUCGCCGCCCUGGUCGGCAUUGAACCCGAGAAUGUUUUCUCUGGCGUGUUGCCCGAAGGCAAAAAGGAGAUCAUCCAGGACCUGCAGAAACGAGGCCUCACAGUGGCCAUGGUGGGUGAUGGCAUCAACGACUCUCCUGCGCUCGCCACUGCAAAUGUUGGAAUAUCCCUUGCCUCUGGUACUGAUGUGGCGAUGGAUGCUGCGGACAUCGUGCUCAUGAAGCCAACCCAGCUUAUGGACGUUCCUGCUUCACUUCACCUGAGCAAAACAAUCUUCAGGAGAAUCAAGCUGAACCUCCUGCUGUCUUGCGUCUACAACGCAUUUGGGUUACCAAUUGCUAUGGGCUUUCUCCUGCCAUGGGGCAUUACGCUGCCACCUUUAGCAGCCGGCGCUGCAAUGGCAUGCUCAAGUGUAACAGUGGUGGUCAGUAGUUUGUUAUUGAAAUUCUGGAGCAGACCUGGCUGGAUGACGGAAGAGAAUAUUGAUGGCGUACUAUCACUCCGCAGAGCGGGCAUAGUAUCGCGCAUAGCUGAUUUAAAGGACACGAUUGUGGGAAGGAGACAAAAGGCCGAGGAGCGCGAAAGAGGCGCAUAUGUACAGCUGGAAAGCUACGAGCCUGUAUAGCGCGGUGCUCAUGUUUAUAGAAGCGUUGGUGCUGAGUGGAGUCAUUGGCGGAUACCCUAAAUGCGAUUCUCUUUGCAAUGUAGCCUUGAAUGCACUUUCUUGACCGGAAGCCUGAUUGAAAGUCCGCUUGAAGAAAGAUGAUGUCCUUGCA